AUGUAUCGUUUUGCAAAUGCAUUCUCACGUACAACAUCACCUUUGAUUCAACAUGUUGUACGACGUUCAUUAGCUAAAGAAAUUAAAUUCGGUUCCGAUGCUCGAGUACUUAUGCUACAAGGUGUUGACAUUCUUGCCGAUGCUGUUGCUGUUACAAUGGGCCCUAAAGGACGUAAUGUUAUUCUCGAACAAAGUUGGGGUGCACCAAAAAUUACCAAAGAUGGUGUAACAGUUGCUAAAGGAAUUGAACUUAAAGAUAAAUUUCAAAAUAUUGGUGCUAAACUUGUUCAAGAUGUUGCAAAUAAUACGAAUGAAGAAGCUGGUGAUGGUACAACAGCUGCAACUAUUCUUGCACGCGCUAUUGCUAAAGAAGGUUUUGAUAAAAUAUCUCGUGGUGCUAAUCCAAUUGAAGUUCGUCGCGGUAUUAUGCUUGCUGUAUCAACUGUCAUUAAUGAACUUAAACGAAUGUCUAAAACGGUAACAACACCUGAAGAAAUUGCACAAGUUGCAACAAUAUCAGCUAAUGGUGACGUAUCUAUUGGUGAUAUUAUAUCAAAUGCUAUGAAAAAAGUUGGUAAAGAUGGUGUUAUUACUGUUAAAGAUGGUAAAACACUUAUGGAUGAACUUGAAUUAAUUGAAGGCAUGAAAUUCGAUCGUGGUUACAUUUCACCUUAUUUUAUUAAUACAACAAAAGGUGCUAAAUGUGAAUUUCAAGAUGCUUUUCUUUUAUUAAGUGAAAAGAAAAUUUCAUCAGUACAAGAAUUAAUUCCAGCCUUAGAAUUAGCUAAUAGUCAACGUAAACCAUUACUUAUUAUUGCUGAAGAUAUUGAUGGUGAAGCACUUACAACACUUGUUAUUAACAGACUAAAAGUUGGUCUUCAAGUUUGUGCUAUUAAAGCACCAGGUUUUGGUGAUAAUCGUAAAAAUACAUUACGCGAUAUAGCUGUUGCUUGUGGUGGUACUGUAUUUGGUGACGAAGCCAAUUUAACUAAACUUGAUGAAGUAACUGUUCAAGAUUUUGGUCGUGUUGGUGAAGUUAUUGUAACAAAAGAUGAUACAUUAUUAAUGCGUGGUAAAGGUGAUCCAUCAGCAAUUGAACAACGUGUAAAUGCAAUUAAAGAUGAAAUUUCUGAAACAAAUUCUGAAUAUGAAAAAGAAAAAUUACAAGAACGUCUAGCUAAAUUAUCAAAUGGUAUUGCUGUCUUAAAGGUUGGUGGUAGUAGUGAAGUUGAAGUGAAUGAAAAAAAGGAUCGUAUUACUGAUGCAUUAAAUGCAACACGUGCAGCUGUUGAAGAAGGUAUUGUACCUGGUGGUGGUGUUGCUCUUUUACGUUGUCUUAAAGUAUUGGACCAAGAUGCUGGUGCACUUAAUGCUGAUCAAAAAACUGGUAUUGAAAUAAUCCGAAAAGCACUUCGUAUGCCAUGUGCAACAAUUGCUAAGAAUGCUGGUAAAGACGGCAGUAUUAUUGUAGAAAAAAUACUUAUGUCACCAUUUGAAAUUGGUUAUGAUGCACAACGUGAUGAAUUUGUUGAUAUGGUUAAAGCUGGUAUUAUUGAUCCAACUAAAGUUGUUCGAUCAGCUUUACAAGAUGCUAGUGGUGUUGCUUCGUUAUUAACAACAGCUGAAGCUGUUGUUGUUGAUGCUCCUAAACCCGAAAAAGAUGCUGCUGCAGCUGGCAUGGGUGGAAUGGGUGGUGGCAUGGGUGGAAUGGGUGGUAUGGGCUUUUAA